AUGACCAAAAGCAGUUCAUCUAUACUGGGUUUAGCCGUAAUUCGUGUGUUGAACAAUUCCGUGAUAAUUCAUACCAGCACCGCGUCCAACGUGCACACGCAUCUGCGGCAUCUAAUCGCGAAUUUUUCCAACAAUUUUGGAGGUAUGAAUGUUCAGCCUGCCAAAUUGGAAGUUGACGGUGAGCCGAUCUUCAUGAAACGGCGUGUUAUCCAAUAUGGUCAACGUGAGGGCGUAUUGAAGGCCAUCGGGAAAAAGGAGCGUGAUGGAAUCGUCACUCGUCUCACGUUAAGCACCUGGUGUAAUGUGCCUAGACCAACGCACUUAAUGCACAUACCCAAGCCCAGACUUCGUAGAAUCACGCUCCUCCGCGGAUCUAUGGUUCAAGACCUUUGA